ACGCUGUCAUGGCGCCGCGCAGCAUCGCCAGGCAAGCGGUACCUCGGUGUACUCCCUCGCGGCGCGUUACGUGUUCUUCAGGGUUCCGCGAGCGACGGCGACGAGCGACCUGGUGAAAUUCGCGUGCGUCCGCGUUGUCGCGUUCACGCGCGGCGAACCGCUCGUCGCGUCGCGUCCGAAUCGGGCGUCCGAGCGUCCUCGCAAGCGCGGUUGUGGUGCUCCACUCCUCGCGCUCUCUUCGUGACCCCCGCCGUGGUACCCCGGCACUGACGGCCGUCGACCGUCGUCGCCGCCGCCGCUGCGAAGACGCGGUCCGAGAAGACGUGUAAAGAGCGGCUCGUCGUGACUCGUGCGAGUAUCGGGGGUCCGCGGCGGUGAACCGCCUCGCGUCGCGUCGCGACGUUCGUCACUCGCGGAUAUCGCCGUUCGAGUGCACGCGAUCCGAACAGUAGUGACGCGAGUGACGGCGACGAUCCACGGUGAUCAUCAUCGUGGAGAUCCAUCGUCGCGACGGUGGAGAGUGGCACACGUUCGGUUGGCUCGCCCGCGCCGCCAUCGAUCGCGAAGGUCGAGGCUGAAGGUCGCGGAUUCGUCAUCUUCAGAGAGGUUAUCCUACGGUGCAUCCGCUGAAACUCAGUGAUCUAACGUUAAUCCCGGCAACGUCGGUGUGCGCGCGCUUUUCCACGGAACCACGAGCGCCCGGGGUAUCGCGAACCCGCUGGUUCCUAUAGUGUUGCUGUACGGUUGGUGUAUACGCUAGAUGAAUCGAUGACGGACGAGAGGAGAUCGUGAUAAUCGAGACCUCGAUACGCGCGAUGUCGCGGUGCAACCGAACACGUGACUGAGGUGGCGGAGCAGCGGCGCGGGAUCUUGGCGAGUUUCUGCUUGGGAAAUCGACAUCGGCGAAGAUAGGCGGGGGUGGCCGCCGCGGGUGGAUCGAGCUGGCAACGGCUGGGUUUCGUCGCGACGUGCUACUAGGAAUAACAAUGUCCUAGCGAAGGCAGGACCGCGUCUCUAGGCCGAUCCCCCUCAUCCUGAUCCACUUCUCUUCCAGAAACCUUCACACGUACACACACAUAUCCCGCCGGUCCUGAUCACCAACGUACACCCACGACCUACCAUCAUCGCGUCCUACACCCGCGCUUGUGCUGCUAUAGAUUCGACUGCACACAUGUAAUCGGCCGUACGCACACACACACACACACACACACACACACACACACACGCACACACAUACACACACACACACACACACACACACGCGCGCAUACGUACACACGUACAUAGACACCGUACACGACAUGUAGAGAUACUCAUGUACCACUCGUGUACCAGAAGAGCGUAAACGAAAAAGAGACUUACACACGCACAGACGCGCCGUUUCAACGCCUUUUGUCCGCGGCAUCUUUUCUAUCUUUUCAUUCUCGACGUAUCGUCGCGUGACUCACACGCACAGGACACACGCAAAAGUGGAAACGCGCGCGCGAGCGGACACCGGAAGGACACGUACCUCGGAGACGGGCGCGCGAGCCUCCCGAAUCCAGCCAAGUCCAAAGUCCUUAAUCCUGUGGGGUGAUCCUGGCCCCGCCCGUACGCGAAGGAACCACACCCCGGCGAGCGAGAGAGCGAGACACCGAGAGCGACCGGGAGGAGGAAUUCAGGGUCCGGAUUUAACAGGCUCCUGGUGAUGAGAGUGACACAUUGCGGGGGUUAAAGUGCCUGUUGAGAACGGCGAGGAAGUGGCGAGGUUCGUAAAAAUCGGCAUCGGGGGCGGACGAUCCGGGCAGCGGUAGUGGUGGCGGAGCGGCAGGGGUACUAUGGGAGCGGGGGUAUGGGGGGCGGAGGAGGGCUACAAGCCACGGACCUCCGGCGAAGGCUCGAGUUCCAGUGCACCGGAGGAACUUGUUCGCAGGGUCUGCGAUCCCUAAGGCACGACAGCUACCAUGCUACCGAGGAGAACGCCGCGUGUGACGACUACGAGGACAGGAGGACUGACCACGAAGCGAUUCUCGCUUCCGGUCAGCCUACCUGCACAGGCUGCCGGCGGUCGUACAGGCGCCAGGAGAGCGAAGCGGUUGAGAAAAAGGAGACCCUGAAGCGACGCAUGCCCGAAUCGGAUGAGAUCGGUGCGGUGUACCGGAAGCUGCGGCUUUGCCUGGGCCUUUUCGAGCACGACAGUAAAAACGAUGAAGCGGAAAAGGAUGACAAAGAGAAGAGGUAUCGGUUACGGUGGUGUCGCAGGGGCUUCCGACGAAUCGUGGAAGUGGCGACAAGAGCUCUGCUCCUUGGCAUCGCGCUUCUCGUCACGCCAGGACUUUGUCAGCAGGACGCGGUGCACAUCACGGCUAUUCUCGGGGAGAGCGUUGUCUUCAACUGUCACGUAGAGUUCCCCGGUGAGCACCCAGUGCCCUACGUUCUCCAAUGGGAGAAGAAGGUAGGCGACACGGUACGAUAUCGGACGAUAUCGCCUCUGCUCUCUAUAUCCGAGACACCGAUAUACAUAUGGUACGAGUCGUAUCCGACCCACAGUGGCGAAGGAUAUGAGGGUCGUGUCUCGAGGGUAGGCGAGAACUCACCGUACGGCCAGGCUAGCCUCAAUCUGACGAACAUCCGCGAGAGCGAUCAAGGAUGGUACAAGUGCAAGGUCGUCUUCCUCAACAGGUCGCCCAACAGUCACAAGAACGGUACCUGGUUUCAUCUAGACGUCCACGCGCCACCCAGAUUCAGCAUAACGCCGGAUGAUAUGAUAUAUGUGAAUCUGGGCGAUGCGAUAAUACUCAACUGCCAGGCUGAGGGUACUCCGACGCCAGAGAUCCUUUGGUACAAGGACGCGAACCCGGUUGAGCCAAACGGUCGAGAUGUUGGGAUAUUCAACGACGGCACCGAGCUCAGGCUCUCGACGAUCAAGACCGAGGACAUCGGCGAUUACACCUGCAUCGCCAGGAACGGAGAGGGCCAGAUCAGCCACACCGCGCGCGUCAUCAUCGCCGGUGGAGCCGUUAUUAUGGUGCCGCCGACGAAUCAAACGAAGCUGGAGGGCGAGAAGGUGCAAUUCUCCUGCGAGGCGAAAGCACUUCCCGGUAACGUGACGGUGCGCUGGUUUCGCGAAGGCGCCCCCGUCACGGAGGUCUCGGCCCUGGAUACCAGAGUGUCGAUCAAGAUGGACGGCAGCCUGGUUAUCAACCCCGUCAGCGCCGAUGACUCCGGUCAAUACUUGUGCGAGGUCACUAAUGGCAUCGGCGAUCCUCAGACUGCUAGCGCCUAUCUGAACGUUGAGUACCCGGCGAAGGUCACGUUUACCCCCACUGUCCAGUACCUGCCGUUCCGUCUGGCCGGUGUGGUCCAGUGUUACAUAAAAGCCAACCCGCCUCUGCAAUACGUGACCUGGACCAAGGAUAAACGCCUACUCGAGCCUUAUCAGACGAAGGACAUUGUUAUCAUGAACAACGGCUCCCUGCUCUUUACACGGGUCAAUGAAAAUCACCAAGGCAGAUAUACCUGCACGCCUUAUAACGCCCAGGGCACGCAGGGCAGCUCGGGUCCGAUGGAGGUCCUCGUGCGAAACCCGCCUGUCUUCACCCUCGAGCCGGAACCAGUCUACACGAAGAAGGUCGGCGAGACGGUCGAGAUGCACUGCGACGCUCAAGAGGCCGACGGAACGCAGAAACCAACGAUACAGUGGCAUCGGAGGGAUGGCGGACCCAUCCAACGCAGUCGAGCAAAGACCGUCGGCGGCAAUUUAACCAUAGAGAGCCUUCGACGCGCGGAUUUCGGAUUUUAUCAAUGCGUCGCCUCCAACGAAGUCGCCACCAUCUCAUCCUCGACGCAGUUGAUCGUCGAGGGCACGCAACCCCAUGCACCUUACAACGUGUCGGGCACUGCCACGCAAUUCGCGGUAACGCUAAUUUGGUUACCAGGCUAUUCCGGUGGUCCUGAUUACAAGCAAGAUUAUACUAUCUGGUAUAGGGAAUCGGGAACUUCGGAAUGGAAGACAAUCCCCGUGACUCCAUCGGGCAGCACAACGGUGACGAUCAACAAUCUCACGCCUAGCACGCUCUACGAAUUUCAAGUAAUCGGGAAGAACGCCCUAGGCGAGGGAAUGCUGAGCAAAGUCAUCACAGUCAGAACGCUCGACAUCCUCGAUUACAAAACCCUCGUAUUACCGACUGAUUCCACAGGAAACCCUGCGUUUCCGCCAAUCUUACGACCGAAAGGACCAAAGCCAGGUACUCCCCGGAACCUCACGGUGACGGAAAUCAGCAACGGUUUUCUGAUAACCUGGCAACCUCCCGUGGAGAAAGCCCAUCUUAUCCAAUACUAUACUAUCAAGUACAAGACGGACGGACCUUGGAAAACGCUCAACAAGGGCCAAAUACGACCCGAGGAGACCAGUUAUUUAGUGAAGAACCUGGUCGGUGGUAGGACCUACUAUUUCCAAGUGUUCGCCAACUCAGCCACAAAUUACGGCGCGAGCGACCAGGUGAAGUUUGCCGUGCCGGCUCGUGUUAAGCACAAAGCGAUCACCGCGGGCGUCGUCGGCGGCAUCCUCUUCUUCCUUGUCGCCAUCAUCCUCAGCAUAUGCGCGGUGAAGAUAUGCAAUAAACGGAAGAGACGAAAACAGGAGAAAGAACUGCUUUCAGCGUAUAAUAUGGUGGCCUGCCGGCUCACCGACGCCAGGAACGGCGCAGGGCAGGGGCCCCAGGGAACAGUGCCUUUGAAAAAACCUAGAAAAAGCCGAGUACCAGGUUUAAGCCUUCUGAAGGAGAUCCUGAGCCCGGAUACCCCGGAUUCGUGCCGUUGUCGUCCGCUGGGCAAGAUCUCGCGGGCGGCCGACGGCCGGUUCGUCGUGGCGGACUCGGUCCUCAGCUCGGCCAACAACAGCAUCCUGGACGUCUCUAGCAGCGACGAUGGUGGUUUCCUGCCGAAGCAGCGGCUCAAGUCCUCGUGGCGACGGCCGCUGGUUGGCACCAGUCAGCUCAGCUUGAGAUCCGAAGGCAGCGGCGUGUCCAUUGGUCCUCUGCCAUCGAGCUGUCAUCACCAUGGCGUUGUUAAUCCGUUGGCGGGGAUACCGCCCGCAACCAUUUACACGAUCACGUCGCCCAGGUUUCUAGCCAGUUCGCCGAGCGGGGCUCAGGUUCCCUGGACACCUUUGUACUUCAGCGAUCUCAGCUCCGUCAAGCAACCAUCCUCCGGCGAACGUUCCUUCCCUACGCCGCCCGGCUACCUCCAGCUUCGCAGCGUGCAUCAGCGAUACAGCCAAGAGUUGCCAUCGCUCAAGGCGAUCCACGCCGAGUCGAGGCGGUUCGUGCCAGUGCAGCCAUUGGCGACGUCUUCGCCGCCGCAGCCAGCCGGACGACCGAGGGCGAGGUUGCCGCCGAGACACGCCAGGCACGCCAGAUCGGCACCGGAGCUCGCUGCCUCGCCCGACCUGGAGACCUCGCCCGAGAGCAGAUCGAGCAGUUCGGGUUUCGGUAGCAAGAAUACCUCGCAGCAGAACCAGAGCUCAAGAAGCGGUAGUACGGUCGCCGAAUGGAGGCCACCGCCUUACAGGCCACCCCCGCCGCCGUUAGUCGGCCGCUGGCUCGAGCUUCAGGAUCAAGCCAAGGUGGGGCACACGCACAUACAGAACGCCGUGGACGCCGGCAGCGUCGACGGCCACUACGAGUUCGAUCCGGUGUCGUGCACGCCGACACCCACGUCGGCCUCGACGCCUACGCGGGAGGAGAGACCACCGAUGCAUCAAAUCCACACGAUCCACGUUCCCCACAUUCAUCAAGUGCACACGGUACAACAGCAGGCGCCCAGGUACAGCAGAGAGAACAUAGAGGCCCGAGUACAGGCAAUGAAGGCGGAAUUUCAUCAGUUUCGGCAGAGACAGGCGAGAAGACGACAAAGCGCGCACUUGGAAAGCGCGUGUUGAACGAGAUCGAUGAGAACUCGAGGGAGAUCUUGAUGAUAGACCAACGAUGCCGCUGCAUCGUCAGUCUUACGUACAAUCGAAUUGAAAACGAUUUCAAUGAUCGCAGAGUUAAAUACAGAGUUAAAUAAUGUGAGAGACGAAAGUAAUUCUUGAAAAGAAGAGAAGCCGAGAGAAAUUUUGAGGAAAGCUAGCUAUCGCUCGUGAUUAGAUUUUGGUACUGGCUCUUUUGACUACCGUAGAAAAAAAAAUCGCGCGUUACAACACGGCGACGACAACGUGAUCAUCACCGAAGACCAACUACCGCAGCACAACGAGGAUCAUCAUCACACGUGAUUCCGCAUUUAGAGGAGUUUAAGUCAAUUCUAGUAGCUGGACAUCCAUCUACAAAAGAAGGCUGUUAUAAGCAUCAGCUCAGGAUACAUAAGUUUCGCACGACCACGAGAAGGGAGCGACGUAGUAGAACCGUACGUUAAGACGAUAAUCUUUCGGAGUUUCGCCCGUUUUACCGAUUAAGAGGACCGUCGAGUAUCCUACGGGGGAAACAAUCUCGAUAUCAUUUACUCGGGGGGGGGGGGAGGGGGGCUAACCCAGCGACGCCGAUCGCGCUGGUACGAUAAUAGAAACGAAGUGCGUAAACGAAAAUGUUCGAAUCCGAUUAUUAUUGGUCAUAUCCCGCGUACACCAACCACGCCUAUGUCCGGUUUAGAGGACCGUGAUUUUUAACGUUACUAUAUAUAUAAUAAUGUAGAGGAACAUACGGAAGAAUUCACGGGGAACGAACAGGGGGAAAGCGCUCUUUUUUUAAAAGAAAAAAAAAAAAAAACUCAGUGGAACUGUCCUUAGAGGUAGGAAGUGCGCAGAAGGAAGACAGACACUCCCGAUUGGCUCAAUACAGCGGGAUCGUCCGGUAUCGCGAUCGGGACGUAAGAUGAUUGGAACGGAAGACAAGAAAGCAAAAGAAUGGGAUAGUUACGUCGGCAUGAUACUCCAAAGAAACUGUACCACUGUACAUGCUCCGCGUAUACCUUUUAAAUAUAAGAUUAAAUUUAAUCGUACGCUGUAAGUAAUAAUUAAAAACGAAAGAAAAACAAAAAAAGUAAGAUAAUCGAAGAAUUACCACACACACACUCACACACAAUGGACAUACACAUACAUAUACACACACACAAAGUAAAUAUAUCGAAGAGCAAUGGACUCGAAACGUGAUAUUAGGCCGAAGCUUGCCUCGAGAUUGCUUAAGGACUCACUCAUACUGCACUGCCUGUUUAGGGUUUCGCUAGCGACCCAACAUAUUAUCGGCACAAUAAUUUUUCUUAAGCAACGUAAAAACGAGAAUAAGAAUAACGUUCUUUGAAUCUACGCGCCUUCGGCCAAUAUAACACGGCGAUUGUGUGCACGCGUCCACCGUGUUAGCGAAAUGCUGAUAUACCGGUUAUCCGGAGCCCACCUUCGGUCAUCCUUCUCGAGUUAGAUUAGCGACGCGAGCAUCACGCGCGUAUCCGACGUUCUACGAAUGACGUCGAUCGGGCUCUUUGAAAAAACAAUAAUAAAAAUCAUUCGGGAAAAAAUCUUUCAACUGCCAAUGAAAACGGGGUCCGAGGGUGCGUUCGAUUCAUUUCGUACGAAGCGUUGACGUUAAUUAAAUAAGUAAAACUAGAAUAUUAAUUAAGUGGAGAAGGACGAUCAAUAGAGAUGACCAUCAUCGCCGGAAGGGAGGUGCACGCGUGCACACACGCGUCGAUCAAGCCGAAAUUCGUGUAAUUAGAGAGACGAAGGAGUUACGAAACACGUUACAUACACACGCACACAUACACACAUACACUUGACAAACAUACAUAAAUACGUACACCCGACAUAAAUAUAUACAAGCGACAGACAUGGAACACACAGACGGAGCACACAUAAUACAAGAGAGACGCGUUCUUCGAGACCCACCUAAUUCUCACCAAACGCAUCGGAUCAUCUUGAAUCACGUGAGAUCGGGGGCCGGUGAUCGCCGAUCGCGGGGGGUUCGCUCGGGCGAAACUACGGGCUAAUCAGUGUCGAGCUGCGCGACCUAAACGCGAGAGAAAACGUGUACCCCCUGGGCGAGGGGGUAUAAACCGGCGGCGCGCUCGUUCCUCUUACCCUUUUUUUCUAAUCUUCUCUACACGUGCGACCGUGAAGACGCCCCCACGUGAGAUCGGCCCGGCCCGCGGCUCCCGGCGUUUUACUUUCUUUAUAGUACAAACACUUAUUUAUAUAUACGUACGUAUUAUACAUAUUUAUUAUAAAUAUUAGCAAGGGCCCUACUACUCACGAUUCAACUAUACUUCGACGAACCGUAACGGCGAGGGGGAAAAAAAAAGAAGAAGAUGAGUAAGAAGGAGCGGCGUGGACGCCACCGAAGCGCUCUGUUGUACAAUUUCGUUAAAAUGUGCAUGCGUGCGUGCGUAUCAAGCCGAAUUCGGGCCGAGCGAACGGGCGCGUGCGAACGCGAAUGAACAGCUUGUUUCGAUUAGCGCCGUUAUUAAUAUUCGCGAUUACCGUUCACCGAAGUUGUUCAUUCAUGUUUGGCCAGAUCGCCGAUCUGUUCGGCCUGGAUCUGGCUUGACAUGCGAGAAAAGAAUAUUGCGAGAAUGACGUGGGACGAGUGAAUGGAGUGCGAACGAAGGUAGACUAAAGCCGGAUCUGGACCGAGCAAACGAGCGCGAGCAAACACAAAUGAAUUUAUUUCAAUGAUCGCGAACAUCGCGGCGUAUCGCGAGUGCUGGCGGUGCCAUUCGCACUCACUGAAGCAAGUUGUUUACUUCUUUCGCGUUUGUUCGCGCUUCUCUGCUCGGUACGUAUCCGAUUUUAUACGUGAGCAAAUGCGGCUAUUAAGGCGAUGCUGGCGUCGUCUUUUUUUUUUUACCGAAAAUACAAAAAUACCGUUCUUCUAAACAAUCUCUUUAUACUUUAUAUAUUUCAUUUUACAAAAUUAUAAUUUCUUUUACACAAUUAAAAUACACAUGCUAAUGUGUACGGCUCUGGUCUAUUUUUUUGCCAAAAGUAAAGAAAUAAAAAAAUUGUAGAUUUUCUUAUCGACGUUUACUUCAAAAUGUUGAUCGGAGCUGCUAAUCGUUGAAACUUGAUGAUAAAGUUAUGCAUGUUAUACGCAUGCGCGAAACAAAGGCAGAGCCAGAUAUAAAAUUAAUAAAUAAAUACUGUUAAAUCGUUAGAAUUAAGUUUAGAAGCCUAAUUUAAGAGAAUAUAAUGUUUGCUGAAUUUGUGUACAUGUAUGUACGUGAAAUCUCGAUGUAAUAGUACGUAGAGAUCUGUUGAUGUUUCGUAAAUCGUAUGUAUGUAUGUAUGUAAAUCGUAUGUGUGUAAGACGCGUUCAAUUGGAAAAAAAAAACUGACGACGCCCAGCAUUCCUUUAAAGCAAAGCAGAGAGCAUAAUGUAACAUACACGAUCACGCAAAGAUAACAAAAUGAACAAAAAAAAGGAGUACGAUAAAAGUUAAGAAAUAACGGAGGUGACACGAAAGAGUACCAAUAUUCUAAAGUAAUUCUAAUGGUUGAAUUAAUAAUUUGAUAAUUAAUUGAUAUUGUAAAUCGUAAACGACGUAGCGUGUAGCGUAUUAAUCAACGAGAACGACGAAUGCGGCGAGUAUUCAUUAAUUAAUCAUUAUAUCCGCGCGGGAGUUUAUUGCGAUGUGAGAUAGUACACGGAAGGACGGGGGAGGAGGUGCUGAAGGACUCGCGCCGGCAGAAUGGUACCAAUUUUUAUCGUCAAUCGCGUAAAAUCGUUAAUAUGUUACUAGCGGUAAACGUAUUUGGAUGCAUGAGAUGUAUGUAAUGUUGGGGAUGUAAGAGAACAGAUCUCCGUCGACUUAACGUUCACCGUAGACGUUGGGGAAACGUUUUUGAUAACGUGAUUAUAAUACACGCUUCGUAAUUAUACAUUAUACACGAGAGACACCCUCUCCCCCUUCUGGAUGGAUGCGGCAAAAGGAAGAAUCAUGUACGCGAGAGAAGGUGAUCUAACCAACCGACUUGUAGAUGUAUAAGUAACGUGUAGAUAUAUCAUAGUUAGAUACAACGAUCUCAAGAGGUCACGCAGUGUGAACGAGCGAUAAUGUGCGAGAAUGAGAGAGACGAAGAGGGAUAAAGAGAUGAGAAAGAAUGAAUGUGUGUGCGCGUGCGUGUGUGAAUGUUAGUGUGUGUGAGAAAGAGAGAGAGAGAGAAAGAUUGAAAAAAUAAUGAGAAACUAAAAGAGAAAAUGAACGAUUCUCGGCGUUAUACGUGAACCUGUCAUACGGCGUGGCAGGUUCAGACGAUAAAACUAAUAUCUUUGAAAAAGUAUCCGAAAUAUGAGGGAGAUCAUGAGGUUGUGAGAGAAAGCACUGUAUGUGUGUAUGCGUGUGUCUGAGAGAGAAAGAGAGGAAAAGAAAAAUAAGAGAAAUGGCAAUUUCGCUUGAAACGGCAUAUUUAUGGAUAAUAUGGUUGAAUCGUGAAUCUGUUUGUAAAACUUUAUCACACGUCACGACGGUUCCGUUCGUCCUGAGUUCCUUCUUCGCGAUUCGUAUGGAUUUACGUUCUGUCAUCGUCAUCGCGCACCUUUUGCGUUCGCGAUAUACUCGUCGUUAUAUCUUCGCUGCGCUGCCGCACACGCAUGCAAAACUCGCGCGUGGCCGCGAGCGACCGCCGUGAUUCGUGGAUUAAUUAAUUAAUUAAUUAAGCGUUUCGUUCGUUAUAUAUGUACCUGAAAGCCAGUCGCGGUUUCGGGUACGCUCAUUGCCCGAAAUUGCUCGAGCGAAAUUCGUGAGCCCUCGAAGCAGGACGUUCGCGAUUUUUGGAGAGUCGGCGAUUUUUGGCAUCGCGAAUCAGCCGUGUGCAUCUUCAUUCGUCACGUGACCAGAAACGUGCGCUUAUUUCGCUUACUAAUGAGUUCGUGUACAAACUGUAGAUAGCUAUAUAUAUUAUAUAUACAUAUAUUGGAAAAAUACAUAAAUUGCUAAAGCUGUAGCUGUUAUAUAAUAUGUAUGAAAGGCGAUGAACGUGAUGAUAAUCCGUAAUUAUAGAUAACCGCGUGAAAAAAUUUAUUGUAGCUUGCGAUCUUAUCGUUAAAUCACGAACGCAUUCUGAUCACAGUCCCGCGAAACCUUGGAAAAAUAUUCACAACGCGUUUGCAAUGACAAAUAUUCGAGUCUUCGGCGUAUUUAAAUUACAAAGAAGCGCAACAGCGACGAUGCUGCUUCGAGGUAUACAGCAUUCGCGCCGAAUAAUACGUGAGAAAUGAUAAUUUGACGUGAAAUAUACAUGCUAGUGUCGUACGAUUCGAGAUAUCGGUCGAACGUCAUUCCCUUCGGUCGACGCGAAAUACAUAUUCGAGUCGAAUUCAAUGGCUCUCGGGUACUACGUUCUGCUUGGAUCUGCGACCAUCCAUACGCGCUUUGGCUUAUUUGAAAUCUUUAAAAUAUGAUAUUUUUUGCGAUACAUAACGUUAUCGAAUAUUUCACCUUUCGCAAUCGCGUAGCAGAUCUAUGCGCUCUCGUCGAAACUCUCGUGAAGAUCGUCGCAGUUCCAAGCACGGCUCUCAUCUUCGAGUGCUCUCGCAUCAUCGUACACCGGCACAAUUGCUAUUGUAACGAUAUUUAUUGCGCCAAAUUGAAUUCGAGGAAAGGAGACAGAGCAGAUAUGUUUACUUCCUUUUUCCAUUAUUCUCUUAUUUUUAAUAUUAAAUUCGUUUCUUUUGUUGAGUCAUCGGAAUGUACCUUCACACUCGUAAUCAUUAGCCUUUUCACGCCACUGACAUCGAAUCGCUUCUACCCACGCAUGUAACGUUCUUCUGUAUCGUCUGUAUCUUCACUUCCGCUUAUUCUCGACUGUAAUCCGCCGUCGGACUUGUACACGGUGCGUUGAACCGUUUCGUUGUCACUUUCGCGAAUGCUCGUUGUUCACCUCCAUACCCAGUUUGAUUGAUUGAUCUAUGCUUUCUCGCGAGCCCCCCCACGAGAACUCUAAGACGUACUAACUUAGGACAAAUUGUAGACAAUUUAUUAUUAAAUAAAAUGAAAAAUAAAUCGACAUUUGAAACGAAA